AUGGCGGAAGAUUCAAGCCAUCGCGAACGAGCCAAAGCCUUAAUUGGUAAGAACCGCGAAGAAGCCCGCAAACUCUUUGGGCGACAAGGUUCCAAGGUGCUUCAAUUCCCUGUUGAAUGCUCAGAGAAGCUCGCCGUUGAUUUGGGGCUCAAGCCGCUGUACAUGAGAAGCAAUCUAAAAAGUCGUAAACGGCCAAGAGUCUCCGCUGAAACGGCAGAAGAGAAACUAGUGAAUGGGGCAGCUAAUCAAAUGAAAGCCACGAUUGCGAGCAAGGAAGCCUCCACAGCUCCGGUAAUUGCCAAGCCAACGACAGGUCGUAGUGAGAACGAUUUGCUAGCAGCGGACAAAGCCGAGAACACGGGUCGCGAAACUGUUUCCCUCCCUGCAGCUGCUGUCGGUGAGAGCAACGGCUCCCUUGCGCUUGUUCCAAGAAAGGAAUCUGCAGAGGGCGCGCUAACAGGCCUCACUACUGGCGACAAGCAGCUUGCGCUUGCCAUCGCAAGGGACCGUCCAACAUGGCACCCUCCCUGGAAGAUGUUCCGCGGGAUCAGCGGUCACCUCGGCUGGGUUCGUUCUGUUGCAGUAGACACGACCAACGAAUGGUUCGCCACUGGGUCCGCUGACCGCACGGUAAAAAUCUGGGACCUCGCCUCUGGGCGCCUCAAGCUAACGCUGACCGGGCACAUCUCCGCGGUGCGUGGAAUCGCCAUAUCCCCUCGCCAUCCGUACAUGUUCACGGUUGGCGAAGACAAAACGGUCAAAUGCUGGGAUCUGGAGCAAAACAAAGUCAUCCGCAACUAUCACGGUCAUUUGUCGGGUGUUUACUGCGUAUCUCUACAUCCAACACUCGAUGUCCUAAUGACGGGCGGGCGCGACUCGACUGUGCGUGUGUGGGACGUGCGCACGCGGGCGCAGGUGUUCGUGCUGGCGGGCCACCGCGAUACUGUGAACGCCGUCGUGACGCAGGGCGUCGACCCGCAAGUCAUCUCCGCCUCCGUCGACAGCACUAUCCGCACGUGGGAUCUCGCCGCCGGAAAAUGUUCCGCUACACUAACUAAUCACAAAAAAGGGGUGCGGGCACUCGUGCGGCACCCCCGCGAGUUUUCGUUCGCAUCCGCGUCAGCCGAUAACAUCAAGACAUGGGCGCUGCCCGACGGGACGUUUGUGCGCAACCUGAGCGGGGGGCAUGACAAGCUGGUCAACGCAAUCGCCGUCAACGAGGACGGCGUGGUCGUUAGCGGCGGGGACGACGGGAGCAUGUGCUUCUGGGAUUACAACUCAGCACACCGAUUUCAAAGGGAGCAGACAGUCGUGCAGCCGGGAAGCUUGGACUGCGAGGCGGGGGUGUUCGCGAUGGCGUUCGACCAGAGCGGGAGCAGAUUGAUUACCUGCGAGGCGGAUAAAACAAUCAAGAUGUGGAAGGAAGACACGGAGGCGACAGAAGAAACACACCCGCUCAACUGGAAGCCCGACUUGCAGCCGAAGCGAUACUAG